AUGAAAUACAGGAGCAAUGAGUGGCCAACAAUGUACUCUGAUAAAAUAAUAAUUGGUAAUUUAAAAUCUAAUGUGGCUGUAACAACAUUAUGGACGGUUAGAGAGAAAGUAGCUGAUAUAUUAGACAGUAAUGACUUUUGUUUAGUGGCUAAUUUUUAUGAUGCUUUUAACGGUAUAGAACCUUUAAUAAGAAAUUGUCUUGCUAAUACAAACAUAAGAUACAUUCUUGUUGUGGGGAAUGACAGGGCAAAAAGUAAAAAAACAUUAAUUAAUUUUUUUAAAAGUGAAUUAAAAAAUCACAUUGUAACUGAUACUGAAGUUCCUCUACCGGAAGAAAUUCCAUUGGAUGAACUUAAUAAAUUGAUAAGAAAUGUACAAGUUAUUGAUCUAACUGAUAAAAUAACUAAAAUAGAUGAUUUUGAUCAGUAUAAAACUGUUAUUUAUGAUUGUAUUAAAACUUUAAGUAAAUUAGAACCUUAUGAUGAGGCAAAAAUAUUCCCUAAAAAGAAGAUAGUUUCAUCAUGUUUACCAUCAGGCGUUGUCUAUAGAAUUGAGGCAGAUUAUAUAUUUGAAGGAUGGUUGAAGAUUUUAAAACAUAUAAAUACAUUUGGUAAAUUAACACAAACAACACAAAGUGAGUUUUCAAAAGUUAAAGAAUGUAUUAAUAUAGUAACAGUAAUCAAUAAAGAAAAUCCUUUAAAUCCGAUAAUAAAAGAUUUUAUGAGGUUUGAUAAAGAUAAUUUAGAAAGGUAUUAUGAGACAUUUACUAAGAAUAUUAAAAGUGAUGAUGUAUCUUAUACUUAUGGAACAAAAUUUUUUGGAAAUAAACAAUUUGACAGAGUUAUUGAAAUGUUAGUAGAAAAUAUUUAUUCAAAAAGAUGUUUCACUACGACAUGGGAGAUAGGAGAUUUAUAUAAACAAAAUCCUCCUUGUGUUAUAUCAGCACAACCCAAUAUUCAAGGUAAUCAACUUUUCAUGACAUGCUACAUAAGAAGUAAUGAUAUGUAUAGAGCAUGGCCUUUAAAUGCAUUUGGAUUAAGAAUGAUUCAAAAGAAUGUUUGUGUUGAAUUAAAUAGGAGAAUUAAUGAAGAAAUUUUAAGAGAGAAUAAUGAUAAUUGUAAAUUCGGUUGUAAAAUUGAUACAAAAGAAGAAAUGGUAGAAAUGGGUUCAUUAAUCAUUAUUUCACACAGUGCACAUAUUUAUAAUGAAAAUUUUAAAGAUGUUGAACUAAUAAUUAAAGAUCAUUAUAAAUUUACUCCUUGUUAUGAUGAUCCCAAUGGAUAUUAUACUAUUAGUUUAAAUAAAGACUUAAUUGUUAUUCAACAUUAUGAUAUUAAAGGAAAAUUAAUGAGAGAAGUGACAGGUUGUGAUUAUAAUGAACUUUCUACUAAACUUGUAGAAAAUUUAUUAACUGAUGAUAAGUUUCAUUUGAUGUAUUUGGGAAGAGAAAUUUUCAAGGCUGAUUUUUGUUUAAAACAUGGAAUUGAAUAUGUUCAAGAUUUAGAAUUAUAA